GAGAGGCGAGACAUCGGUCUCGCACUACCGCCCGCCUGCCCACUGCUGGGACGGAAUUCUUUGGUCCUCUAUCGGAUGUUGGUGAUGCCGGCGGAGAUGUUCAGCAUCGAUAGUAUUUUAUCAGGAGGCAGGUCUCACUGUAAGGACUCGACAGGGCUCCACACCGCUCCGCUGCCGGCGUACCCUGGCAUCGCCGGGGACACGGUCUGUGCCAGUACGGAGUACCUGGGGCUCUAUUCUCCGGCCGUCGCCCCUCCGCCUCCGCCUCCUCCUCCGCCGGCGCCGACCCCUCAGCAUCCCAGCCUGGCAGUCGGGGGUUCGAGGAUGGCUUACAAUUAUUACUACGUCCCCGGCACGACCAGGGUGUCGUGCUGCAGCGCCGUGUCCAGUUGCCAGCCGCUGAACACGCAACACUGCUCCUGUCUGCCGCCAGGGUUGGAAGGGGCGACCUCAGCCUACCUCUCCCCUAUGGCCCCCCAGGUGUUGCCCUACGUGAGCCUGGGCGCCCUGUCCCGCACUGACCUCCAGCUACUGAACCAGCUUCACUGCCGGAGGAAACGCCGCCACAGGACCAUCUUCACGGACGAGCAGCUGGAAGCCUUGGAGAACCUCUUCCAGGAAACCAAGUACCCAGAUGUGGGCACCAGAGAACAGCUAGCUCGGAGGGUUCACCUCCGUGAGGAGAAGGUGGAGGUCUGGUUUAAAAACCGUCGAGCUAAAUGGAGGAGGCAGAAGAGGUCGUCCUCAGAGGAAUCAGACUCCCAGAAAUGGAUCAAAAACUUGAAACCCAGCCCGGCUGGGAAGACCUUAAGGGAAGAGAGAGCUGCAGCCCCAGAGAGUGAGCUGGACUCAGACAGCUGACAAUCAAGGUGACCGGAAACACUCAACACCUUACGGCUGCUGCCUUGUACAUUGUCCAUUCAGUGGACCCAUGUUGCUGUAAAUUCUGUACAUAUACAUAUUCUAUAUAGGUGUGUGUGCGUGCACGUAUGUGUGACUAUUUUUUAAGUAAUAAAACUGU